AUGCCCCGGCUAUCUGCCUUGUACUCCUGCGAGUGGUGUAGGCGUCGCUUCCGAGCUCGCAAUGCCUUGUUUUCUCAUAAGCGUCGGAAGGAGGCCUGCAUCAUCCGUGCCUCGCGAUUCCUGACGUCAACUGCUGGCUAUGGCGCGGCUGCCGGUGGUGCGGCCGGCGACCCAGACCCUACGCAGCUCACUGACGAUGAGAUGCCCGAGCUUAACUCAGACGACGAGGUCGAGGUGCGGGAUGAUGACACGGCUCAGGACACGGACGACGAGGACGUCGAGUCGGACGAAGAGGAAAAUGCUUCAUCGAACGAAGAAGGGGACGCCGCCGCGGUACUUGAUGACAACGACAGUGCUCCGGAGGGCACGUUCCGUCCCUGUGAGAACUUCGACACCCUCAUGGAGGUGUUUCGCUUCAUCGUGGGCUGCAACAACGGUGCUGGACUUUCCAACGAAAGUACGGUGUGGCUCCUCAACCUGCUGCGAGACGAGCGUCUCGACCUGGAGCUGAUUCGGCACUGGUGCACUCUCUAUGCGGUCAUACGGUUCGGCAUGUCCCUGCUCAUGUCGCAACGCCAGUACGACACCAUCACGUUCACCAUUCCUGGGUGGGAAGGCGAGUUCCAAGUGAUACGUGCAAACGGAAGAGAGGUAAGCUUUCAUGUGGCCGGCCGCCAUAGAGUGGCAGGCAACACGAGCGACGCCACCAUUCUGAGCGGCAAUGAGCGCACGAGAGUGUGGGCGGUGUACCUAUCCAUCGCAAACAUCCCGCUUCGGAGGCGGUGGAUGGACUGCGGGAAGCUUCUUCUGGCUAUGCUCCCUUUUCCCCCGGCCACCAUGACUCCCGCGCAGAAGGUGGAGCUGUUCCAGGCUGCCAUGAAAAUCGUGCUCGCAGACCUCGUUGUCGCCAGCCAUGUGCGCAUGAAGAAGAUGUACCCCGACGCUCGCCUUGCUGGCCUUCGCUCUCCAGGGUCUGGCAGCUACUGGGCAAGCGGCGCCAACUUCACAGCCAGCGAGCAUGCGUCAGCGAUGAUGACGGUCGAGGAUGUGUUCCCACGCGAGGGGGACGGGUGGAACCUGAUAAAGGUCCACCUCCUCACGCACGUGCCUAACGGAGUCAGGAGAGGUGGACUCCCACCUGAGUUCUCUGCGGCCGUGUACGAGAACGCCCACAUCCGCACGUGCAAGCUGCCGUACAGGACCUCGAACCACCGCCAGCCUCUGCAGGCCAUCGCCGCACACAACGUGCGCGCUUCGGCGAUGGGGCAGCUGACCUCCGCUCUGCCAGCACGCAGGCGCAACCAGACCGCGCUGACCCAAGCGAUCGCAACGGACACCCCCCAGCUGACGCUCGCGCGGAGGUCCCUCACUGCGCGGCCUGACCACGAGAGCAGCGCGGCGUCCGUCUUCGACGAUGUCAACAUCCCCGUGGGGGGGCUCCUGUUCCACUACGACACCGUGAUGCGCAACGCCGGCCUGCGGCCGUUUCCGGCGGGGGCACACACGGCGGUUGCGGUGCCGGCAUUCCCCACCGAUUACGGGCACAUCCGGCCCCACUACGUCCGUGCCGCGGCAUCGCUGCACGGCCACACGGCCUUCUCCUGCGUGGAGUACCUGUCUUCUGCUGGCCGUACCGCGUACGGGCGUCUGAUCCUGCUGUUGGAUGCAGAGAGGCCGCUGGACGAUAGCAGCUACGAGCCUGCAGAGGUGGCUGUGCUGCAGCGGCUGAACCAAUAG